UUGAAAUACUUAUCUCAUUCUUGGAAAAGAAAAUGACUCAAUUGGAAUGACUAAAAUGGACUGGAUAGUAGCAAACAGGAUGUAUAAAUUUGACCGGACAAGCGGUUUCGGAAGAUAGGGGAAGGGGAUGAAGACCGAAAGGCAGCAGAAGCAUACAGAAUAAAAACCACCCCUUCUCCUCUGGUAAUGGAACCCGAACUCUUAUCCGGAUACGGACUCGGAUCCGGGGGCAUGGGAAUCCCCACUACCUCCAACAGCACCAUCGUUGCCACCACUUCAUCUCCACCACCUUAUGGUGAAAAUGAUGGUCAGCGUCCCGACUAUCAUGAGGAUCCUCAUCAUCCAUCCGAUCAAGUUCCCCCCUUCACAGCUGCUCUCAGCGAUGAUCUUCGCCUCAAUAUUAUCAAGCAGGUGGAAUAUUACUUCAGUGAUGCAAAUUUGCUCACUGAUAAGUUCCUUUUGAAAUAUGUAACCAACAAUGAAGAAGGGUUUGUUCCUCUCAACGUUAUUGCUUCAUUCAAAAGAAUGAAGAAGCUGACGAAAGAAAUACCACUGAUUGUGACUGCACUCAAGGAAUCCUCUCUUCUGGUUGUCAGUUCUGAUGAGAAAGCAGUGAAGAGACUGAAUCCUCUCCCAUACACUGGGGUUAGGGACCCCCAGCUAUGCACUGUAUUGGUGGAGAACUUACCAGCGGAUCACUCAGUGGAAGAUCUUAAGCAACUAUUUAGUCUGGCUGGACAUAUCCAGCAUAUCAGUAUUCGCGAACCGCAGGUUGAAAUAAGUUCAAAAAAGUGUUCAGUUGCAGAAAAGCUGCUUAGCGGCAAGCUGCAUGCACUGGUGGAAUUUGAUACCAAAGAAGCUGCUGUAAAAGCUGUGGCCACUUUGAAUGAUGAACAAGAUUGGAGAUUUGGCUUGCGGGUGAAACUUCUCAUGAAAGAGGGAAAGCGGCCACAGAAAAAAAAAGUAUGGAGGGAAUCAGGCACUGAUAGGCAUACUUGUGGUGAAGCAUCAUCUGAUCAAGCUGUGGAUGAGGAGAGCUGUCAUCCUAGCAAACAGCAUGCUGAUUCACAUGAUGAAAAGGAUGGGGGCCAUUUACCAAAGGAGACAAUUGGUGAGCAUGUACCAAAAGAGAAAGAUGGACAUGCAGGCCGGAGCAGAGGACGUGGAAGGAGGCAGAAAUGUGGAGCAAACGUACAAGUCCAAGGAAUGCGUCCUUCUCCUGCUCAUGGUACUGAAACCUCAAAACCACCACCUGGUCCAAGAAUGCCCGAUGGGACAAGAGGAUUCACAAUGGGGCGAGGCAAAGCUUCAAUUUCUCUGUAAUCCAGCUUUCUAUGGUUUUUGUUCAGUUUGUUGCUGCCAAAAUUGGGUUGAUAUUUUUUCCCAGCGCGUUGUAGUAGUAUUUUUUUAGUCGGUGAUAUUGCCUGGUCCCUGUGUUUAUUGGAGUUUUUUUUCUCGUUUGUUUGUUUUGUAAUUCUAUCUGCUACUACUGGAAAUGCCGCUUGAUGAAGAGUGGGGUGUUUGAGGUUUAUCCUAGCGUUUAGAUUAGCGCUUGCAAUGUUGCAAUAAUUGGUCUCCUCAAUGUGGGGAUUACAACUUUAACUUGUAAGGAGGUAUGGACAAGGAUGUGAGUAUAAUGGGUCAGAGAGAUAGGAAUGCUAUGGAUACUCCCUUCACAAUAGUGUCCAAGAGGCUCUUCGUUUAAUAUUUUACAUGGUUUAAAAUUAUUUAGAGCUUUUUAUCAAAACCAGUGCGAGUGUGUCAGUGUGUGACCAGAGGGAGUUAGGGAGUGGAGGUUCGUUGUUUUUAGUAUUGGGUCCAGUAAUUUACAGAGUUCUGUAACUUCUGUUGGUCAGUGUCACACUAAGAUUUGGUCAUGCAAGUUUUAGAAGUCACGCUUGGAGGAACUGAUUGUGUUUGUCAUAUUCCAAAAGUUUGUGUUGGAAAUCGGAUGAAGUAAUACAUGCAUAAGAAACUUACAAUCCUCUUUGCC